AGGAGAGAUGUUUUUGUUACAAAUUUUAAGCUUAGCUACAGUCGGGGACAGGCUAAAAUCGUAGUAGAUGCUCCGCCUCGAGCUUCCUGCCUUUGAUAGCACUUCCGUCGCACGUGCAGCCAAAGCCCGGCGAAAGGCAAACAAGCACAUGCUGGAGGCGCAGCUUCUACGGAAUUGUUAGUCAGUCUCGCCAACUAUAGCAAAUGAAAAGGACACUCUGGGCUGGACGACGCAAUCAAAACGACACUUUUGACACCGGAAAUCUAACAACCCCACAAAGAGUCUCAUGAAGUGACCUAGGGAGGCCCGCAAGAAAACGCGCAGACUUGUCAAGGACAUCUGCAUGCUUCUACGCGAUACGAUCGGCGCGGAAAGUACGACACGACUGCAGGGAAAUCCUCAGGAAGCUCCCAACAACGCUCCCCGCAAGAAAGCCCCGUGCCCUCUCCGCAACGCUCGUCCCGAUAAGCGCAGACAGAGGAGGAAGUGAGAAGGGUAGGGGAGGAAGCCCACUUCCUGGCAAUCUCCUCUCCUAAACACCCCUCCCUUAAGACCACUUCCUGCCUCUGACUGUGCCCCUCUGAACACUCAUAAGCGACCGGCAUUCCUCUAAAACGAACGACAGACUGCAAACCGUUCAGAUAUGCUGAGUGCGACGUCUAGCCUCCUCAUCUUCGCGUCGCUGGUUGGCGUCGCGAGCGCACAAGAUGGAAGUGCUCUUACGUCGACGCUCGCAAAUGUGAGCUGUGCGGUCGUUUCGACCGAGCUUCGGUGCAGGGGACACCAGCUGCUAAUGUCCGUCAUGCCGCUGAUCGACAAGGAGCUCGGCGUACCUCGUAACGAGACAGUAGACACCGUUGAGAUCACCGUGGGCUCCCUACAUUCGCUCGAGAACGGAUCCCUGUCGUCGGCAUCGCUGCAGACCCUACGAGUCCUUGAAAGCAACCUCACCGAAGUCGCGCCUGGUGCGUUUGUCGGCGUGGCCUCUCUCCGUUGUCUUGACCUUUCCGGCAACGAGCUAGCAUCCGUGCCGACCGCGGCGCUUCAGGAUCUCGCAAACCUGCAAAGCUUCAAGUUGGCUCGCAACCGAAUCGUAGAGCUCGCAUCCGAUUCAUUCGACAAUGUUACCAGUCUCGUCGAAUUGGACCUAAGACAGAAUUCCAUCUCGUCCGUGGCCGUCGGCACGUUCUAUCACCUGCCGUCCCUGCUCACACUGGAACUUUCCGGCAACAACCUGACGACGUUCGACUCGAGCCCAUUUGGGAACGCCACCCUCCAAAACCUUACGCUCGCGUCCAACCGACUCGAGUUCGUUUCACUCGACGCUUCGUUGGGUUCCAUCGAAUCGCUCGACCUCGCUCGAAACGAGCUCCGUGACCAGAUGGUGGUGCUCAACCUCUCCAAGCUCGUCUUCCUCGACCUGACGAACAACUCCUUGAAGAAGCUCGACUUCCUACAGCCCCUGACGUCGCUCGUCAAUUUGUCCGUUGCUCACAAUCUCUUGAGCUCGCUUUCGCCGGACUGGCUUUCGACGCUGCACAAGUUGAAGACGCUCGAUGUCAGUUACUGCAAGAUCACCUACGUGGCGGCAGGUACGUUCGCGUCGCUACGCGACUUGAUAACGCUUAAUCUUGCUGGGAACGGGAUCAGCAUCGUGGACUCUAAGGCGUUUGUUAAGCUUACGUCCCUCAAGUCGCUCAAUCUCUCGAACAACAAGCUGACCUACGUCAACUGGAACCACACGCAAGACCUAAAGGCGCUCGAGUUCGCGGAUCUGUCGCACAACAACAUCGAGUACAUCUUUACGGGUGCUUUCGAGAGUAGUCCCCGCCUUCGGAGCGUCCUUCUCACAGGCAGCUUACUCGACUGUGGCUGCGAACUGCUCGGAUUCUCGCGGCUCCUCAAAGGCCCAACGUUCACGAAAGAGGCCGUCUCUUCGGCAAUGUGCGACGACGGUAGCACGACUGUGGCGGAGUUUGACUUUGACUCUCUCUGCAAGGCGACAGAACAGACCACAGUCCUCACAACCCCUUCUUCCACGAGCCCAAGCACUGCUAUGCCAACUGCAACUACUACAGAAUCUUCGACGGCAACACAGACACCCCCGGGCCAGACGCUGCAACCGACGUCGUUGACAACUACAGUACUAUCAACGGCAGUACCGCUGGUUACGGUGGUGCCGUUCAGAGGUCGCAUCACGCUCGUCCACACCGAACUGGUCGACGACGAGCUUUCGUUGACAUGGAACGCAUUCAGUGCGAACGCGCCUCUCGACGAAUUCACGUGCUUCCUUUCUGUCGGCGUCGUCGAGAGCUCGUACCGAACGAACCUGACUGGCUCGUGCCCCCCGGAUUCGCGGAACAGAACCUUCGUCAUUUUGAACGUCCAGCCGGCACAGCGCUACGAGAUUUGCUUGACGAUCGUCAAGGACAGAACCAGAGUCACCGAAAACUGCACCAAUGUCAAUACAACCGACGUUUUGAGACCGACCAUGAAAAACCCCACAACCCAUAAGAUUGAAACGACCGCAACUCAAAGUUCGGAGGAGCCGGAAACGACUACUACCAUGUUGAGGUUCGACGCAACAGUCUCUCCGGUUAGCAAUGCGACAAAAGCGGCAACCGAUACCGCAGCGACGCCGGACGACGACGACUUUCGAUACCGCCUGACAUUCCGCACGGAUCUCUCGGAGCCGGAUGAACUCGUCGUGACCUGGUGGCUGUCUCCAGCGACGCGCAAGGUCCCAAACUGCCGCUUCAACGUGACCGUACUCGAAAACAAGGACGUCCUCACACGCACUGAAGUCUUCUGCAGUUCGGGCGGACAGCUGUCGGUGGGUCACGUGGACCCUCGCAAUGACUAUGACGUCUGCUUCAGCGCCGGAUCGUUUGACCUCCCGGCGGACUGCCGACAGAUCCCGACGACCAAGCUUGGCUCCGUGCAUGCCACCGGAUCGCUGAGUUCGUCGACGUCGCAGGGGAGAAGUGGAGCCGUUGGGAUUCCCGUUGCACUGCUCGUCAUGAUCGCGGCGAUGGUCUUGAUUGCAGUCAUUGCGGCCGUCUUGUUAGUGUACAGGAAGCGUCAGAGGCGCGUCGUGGCGAGGAGGAAGGUCGGAGAGAGCGUGUUCCAUCUGCAGAUGAACCGGCGCUCCGGUUCGUACCAGGUGCAGCCCGCUGCAGCAGAAGGCCGGCCGGUGACGUCUUGUUCGACGUCGCAGGACGGCGGCAAGAUGUCGCAGAGAUCUUCGUCGGUUGACGAAGUGUGAUGCGGAACGACUAAGGCCACGGCGGCGCGCCAGAACUCGAGAAAACAAAGCGUUCUGCUGGGUGUGAAUUAAUCGGACUUCGGCAAGUGUGUGGGAUUCGUGCACGUGCAAACUCUGCUGACUUGAGUAACGAUGGACAAUGUGACAGAGUUGAAAACAGACCACACAUGUAUUCCAAUUAGCCGUGUUUCAGCUAGCAUUAGUUCUCAUGUUAGUAGUUUCUGAAACUGUGUACAUUGACAUGUGUGCCUUUGUUUUGUAAACUGAGACUGCUGUUUUUUUUGUUUUCUUUUAGCACAGAAUGUUUUAUUAUAUAAAUUCCAUUAUAUAAAUUCCAGUGGAACUUUCCAGUGUUAAACAUAGUUUAAAGCCAUAUAUUAAAGUAUAGAAUCCACAUGGGCCUAUUUGCUUAUAUGACUUUGACAUCAAAGUGUCGCAUGACAUUGUGACAACACAUCAUGUGACACUAUGAUGUCAUGGGACAGUACGAGUCGCACAACGUUGUGCGAUGUGGAUGUCGCACGCACACAUAGGCUGUGCCCAGCUUAUUCACAGCACAUUUCAUGUUCCCCGGUCAUCAACAUGAUCAAGCUAGUGUAAUUCUUUUGUGUGUGAGCUUAUUCAUAUUCUAUGUAAAUACAUUUGAAUUGGUUAUUAGAAUGUUUUUUUUUUCCGCUUUUUCUUUUGAUUUGGGGUUACUUCCAUUUCUUUUUUUAAUGACUCGAAAGCAGACCCUAUGUGUGUUCUUUUUGGUUGUGUUUUAGUAGGCAUUAUUUCUCCCCAUGUUUAAUGGGCCUUUGUCUUGAGUUGAUGUUGCUGCUUCUCUUGUUUUUCCCAGCAAGCAUGUGCAUAUUUUACAGGUAGAUAUGUAUAACUUGGUUUUUAGUAGAUAUUGUUUUUCUGAUUUGGGGUUGUUUACUCCCCUCCCGUAGUGCCCUGCGUGGCACCGUAGGUAGAGAAAUAAAGUACUGAUUUUAAUGCGGGGUACAAGCCUGCAUGUUUCAUUAGAACAUUAAGGUGAAAGAGGGGCCAGAGAUUUCCAACUUAGAUCCCACGGGACAAGAUUUCGUAAAGAAUGCCUUGCCAACAGUUUUUAAUUUCUUGGUGCUUCUCUAGUAUGUCUCUAUACAAAAAAACAAAACAAAAUCUAUAGCACAAUAUGUGUAAAGCAGGGUUGAGCCAACACCACCGUAAUAAAAAGCCCGGGUGCUCAAUUUUCUAUGCCACCUACUGAGGGCCAGCAUCUAUUGAACACGAGUGCCAAGUCGGCGUUCAAUCGCUCAGAAUACAAGUCGCGGCCAAACGCUGACGCAGCAUUCAUAUCCAAUUCAAGAUCCCCAUCUAUUAUGAAAAAUAAUCACCCCAGAUGCAUUCUCAUAAAGGCACUUCCCUCCCUAUCCUGCAAAGCAUUUGAGCAAAUUGUAUUCAAAAACAAAUUUCCUCACUAAAAAAGAAAAGGAAA